AAUAAUCUUGUGGCGGGCCUUUUGUCAGGAGUACGUUUUAACGUGGCAGCAAAUUCGCCGUUUACGGUUUUCGUUUCCUGAAGUUAGUGAUUAGAAAAUUUUCAAAUUUAUUCUGAUGCCUAGCAAAUUUUCAGUUUUCACGUAUGUCGUUAGGGGGUUGAGUUCUCAUUGGAACCAUGUUAAACUUGGACCUCCAGAUGCAAUUUUGGGGAUUACCGAGGCAUAUAAUCGUGAUACCAAUCCUCAGAAGAUUAAUCUGGGGGCUGGUGCCUAUAGAGAUGAUAAUGGGAGACCCUUCGUCUUACCAUCUGUCAAGGAGGCUGAAUCACUUUUGUUGGCGAAAAAUUUGAAUAAAGAAUAUGCUCCGAUCAGUGGCAUCCCCCAAUUUUGCGAUCUGUCCAUUAAGCUUGCACUUACUGAUCAGUCUUCACGAAUCAAAAAUCGCUGUAACGCUACAACUCAGACAAUAUCUGGUACAGGAGCCCUUAGAAUCGGUGGAUCUUUUAUCAAUGAAUUUGCGGAACAAAAACAUAUAUGGAUGCCAACACCUACUUGGGGCAACCAUAAGCCUAUUUUCACACAUAGUGGACUAAAUGUACACCAAUAUCGUUAUUACAAUAGUAAUACUUGUGGUCUCGAUAUAGAUGGUUGUUUAUCUGAUUUAUCAAAAAUUCCCAAAGGACAUUUUGUUCUACUUCAUGCAUGCGCACAUAAUCCUACUGGAGUAGAUCCGUCAUUUGAUCAGUGGCAGAAAAUUGGAGAGAUUUUGCAAUCACGUGGUUUGAUUCCAUUUUUCGACUGUGCUUACCAAGGAUUUGCCUCCGGCAAUAUUGAUAAUGAUGCAAAAGCAAUACGUUAUUUUACCGAUGAAUUAAAUUUCCCCACCAUAUUACUUACACAAAGUUUUGCUAAGAACAUGGGACUAUAUGGUGAGCGUGUUGGUGCCUUCACUUUACUUUGCUCAUCUCCUGAUGAAGCCGAACGUUGUUUGUCACAAAUUAAGAUUAUUAUUCGACCAAUGUAUAGUAAUCCACCGAUUCAUGGCGCACGUAUUGCAACGGAAUUAAUGUCUAAUCCUGAUUUACGUCAAAAGUGUUAAAAUGUCUAUUCAAGCAAGUCAUUCAAGUAAUGAAGAACUUGGGAGGUAAGUGCAUCUGUUCAAGUUGUUGCACCAUAUCUUCACAGCAAGAUGAAAUUAUCAAGUUCAAUGCCAGAACAGUAGAAAUAGUAAUAGUAUCAGCGGUAUCAGAAAAAAAUUAGGGAUAGAUGAUAUAUUUCGAGAAGAAACAAUUAAUUCUCAGAGUGAGUGAUCUGAUAUAAUUUUGAACUUCGGAAUUUUAGAGAAAACAGUAAAUUAACCUUGGACCAUUGUGACCGAUUCUAAACCAUAUAUCACUCAAUAUAUCCAACCAAACAAAUAUUGAAUAAAAUCUGGAUCUUGAAAAUUUAUCUCAGAAAAUAAUGGAUUAAUCAUAGUCAAUACUCGGUGUAUGAUAGAAAUGACCGAUGCAUACGGGGAUUCCUCUCAUAUUCCUGAAGAAUGUGUGAGAAAACUACAGCAGUGACCACACUGGUUUCUAUUCUGAGUCAUGUUAGUGAACGCCUCAAGUUUCUGAGUUGGAUACUCGUUAUUAAUCCAUACAAGGAGUGGUGAUGAGCCAGUAGGUGCUAGACCUAUAGUUUUCUUCCACGUCACAGCGCCAUAUCAUAAAGUGACCACCUCUUUCUUUCUUGUCUGCUCGGUUACAGUAUCGACAAUUAAUGCGCGAUAUAAAAGCCACUGGUAUGGAAUUCUUAAAAAGUAUCCAAGCUACUGGCAUUACACUAAGCUAUCAUAAUGUUUGUAUGUGAAAUAAAUGUUUAGCUUUGGAACAAUUGCCCAACUUUUACAUCCAUCAGUCGAUUCAUCCGCCUGUUCAAUUCAUUUACGAUAUUAUUUACAUAUUUUUAAAAAGGCUCAUUGAUUUGAAAACUAUGGCUGAUCGUAUUAUUACAAUGCGUCAGAGUUUAAGAAAUAGUUUAACCAAAGCAGGAUCUCAUCAUGAUUGGUCACAUAUCACUAAUCAAAUUGGAAUGUUUUGCUAUUCUGGGCUUAAUCCAUCACAGGUUGAAAAGCUAACUAAUGAAUAUUCUAUUUAUUUAACUAAAGAUGGACGUAUUAGUAUCGCUGGCUUAUCAUCUAAAAAUGUCGACUACUUAGCUCAUGCUAUACACCAAGUUACUAAAUAAUAACAAGUGUUUUUUCUUUCUGUUUGCUAAUUUAUAUACAAUAUGAUGUAUUUACUUCAAUAAUGUUUCAACGUUCUAUUUUCAUCCAUUCCUGAUUGUUCUGUGUGUAUGAAUGGUAAUAUGUACCAUUAUCACACAUAUUUUUACUUGCCUGAUCAUGUAUUUUGGUUUUAAAUAUACGUGAUCACUUUAUUGUAAACGAUCAGUGUAAACCACUUACAAAUAAUUGUGAUUCAUUUUCUUCUGUCUGUACUUCCUAUGUCGGGUUGAGGUUUGUUGCUUUUUUACAGCUACAUUCCUAAAAUAUGUGAAAAAGUUGACGGUAUCGUUUCAUACAUUUGGUCCCCUUUAUCAUCUUGAAUAGGCCAUAAACAAAGAAUUGAGCUCAAUUUUUUGUUCUUGCUUGCUUAUUAUCAUCGUAUUUAAAAAUUUUAAAUUUCAAAGGAUAUAGGUUUUAAGUCAAAAACAAUUUACGAGUACUGAAUGAUUAAGGCCUAACGAUCACCCACCACGGCGCAGGAUGUUGACUAGUGUAGUAGGUUGGAAGAAAGCUAGGAGCGGGGAACUCAAAACAUGCGAUCAAUCUAUGAAGUCACUGACUGAGCCAUUUACGCAAGUUCAGACUACUUGGUUGGGGUUCCGCUUGAUAACUACGAUUAUUGGUUGAAGACUUUGAAUGAAAACAUGACUCAGAAUUAAUCCCAACAGCGCUGAUCCAUGUAUACUUUAUCUUUAUUUCCAGUAUUUCUUCAUACAUAUCGUUCCCAUUGUUUUCUCAAAUUGUAUUUUCAAUAUUUAAUCUUCCUCGCUAUCAUUAUUUCUACUCCUUUUCAUAUUCGUCGCGUCAAUAUGGUUAUGGUAAGGAAAUUGAACUUACACAUAUUUGUGCCAGGCUUUAUGUCGAUUAUGAAUAACCGACUGGUUUCUUGAUCUGUAACGUUUAAAAAGUAUAUGUGACAAAAGAUGUAGAACAUAAAAAGCUUUUCAUUUAGUGAGUUUGUAGGUCCUUAAUAUUUAUCAACAUGUUCACUAAAUAUAACAAUGUAGUUAACUCUAGUCGUUAAGAAUGUUUAAAUCCUCAAAAUUAGUUAAUAAUUAUUUGCUAUUUACUUACAAUAAUGUAUAGAGUUGGGUCAUAGCGUAAUUUAUUGUUUUGAUCGUAUGUAUGCAGUAGAGCGGUGGCUCUGUUAUAAGACAUUGAUUAAAUGGUAGUGAUGUGAAAAUUUUUUCCCUAACUUGUCUAUCACCGAUUCAUUCUCCAGUUUUAUCAUAUCUAACUUUUCACUCAUCACUGUGCCAUUCAUUCCAAGUUCCAGUAAAUCAAUUUGAUGCACCAUUAUUUUGUUUCAUCCAAUCAUU